ACAAGAUAUGUGCUUUGAAUCAGCAGAUUUCCUAGAGGGAAAGAUAACUUUAAAAGGAAAGUAAGAGCUAAAAGAGAAACAUAGUUUUACUCAGUUGUUCAAAGUAUUUUCAACCCGCUGUAGUUCGUGCUGUCCUUGGUUUAAACCUGAUUCUGUGAAACGCUUUAGCAUCCUUAGAAUCUUUAAGGAUAUUUGGAAUCUCUCCCCCGGCUGUGAUCGUUCCAUGGACGUUUCUGUCAACGACAGAACUCAUUGUAUGUGAUAAUUGGAGAGACAGAGAGAGACACAUGCACACAAACACAAGAAUGAGAAUAGAACUACCCAUACAUGUAUACACCGCUAUAACUAUCCAUUUCCAUUUGGGCUCACGCUGGGAAACGCAGCCCUGUCAGCUUCUCGCAGUGCUUUUCCUAGGCCGCAUGUCUUGCGCUACGUGCACAAUAGGAGGAGAACACAAAACAAAACCAGCAAACCCCCACGAUUGUCGCUAAGCUGCGCCGGCGCCGUGCUGCGACCGCUGCUGCUGCAGUUCUGGGCUGAUGCUCCGAGUGCCGCUGUUGGCCAAUGCGGAGCCGGCGCUGCAGCCGGGAUCCACUUGCGGCUCCUGCCUGCGCUUGCUCCGUCACACGGCGCCGGGCGGGGCGGGGAGAAAGCAGCGGAGGGACCUGCCCAAGGCGUCCGGCAAGAGGGAGCCGCCGCGGAGCGCUCUGCCCCGUAGCAAACCCCCGGCUCGGUUUGCGCUACGUGAGCGCGCCUCUCGGCACCGGGCGGGGGGCGCCGCAUGAAUGGGAACGGAGAAGGCAGCAAGGACGGGGCGAAUCUGACAGCGACCGGGAUGGAGACCAGGCGCCGGGCGGCCCCACGGCAAGUACUGCUCCUCGCCUGCUUCUUCCCUUUGCUCUGCCGCGCGGCCCCGGAGCAGACUCGCUACUCGAUCCCCGAGGAAAUGGCCAAAGGCUCCCUCGUGGGGAACCUCGCCCAGGAUCUGGGGCUGGAGCUGAGGGAGCUGCCGCUGCGGAAGCUCCGUGUCAGUUCGGAACAGCAGCACUUCAGUGUGAAUGGGGAGAACGGGGACUUGUCUGUGAAUGGCCGCAUAGACCGGGAGGAGAUCUGCGGGGCUUCGCAGCCCUGCGUUAGAACUAUACAAAUCGUGGCCGAAAAUCCCCUGAACGUUUUCCACGUGACUGUGGCCGUGCAGGACAUUAACGACAAUGCCCCGCGGUUCCUGCAAGACGCCAUCGCUCUGCAGGUCAGCGAGUCCAGCUUGCCAGGGGCUCGCUUUGCCCUGGGAAAAGCGGAGGAUCCUGACGUCGGGGUGAACUCUCUGCAGCGCUACCAGCUGAGCCCCAACCAGUACUUCCGCCUGGAGGCCAAAGAGAGCCAGGACGGCAGCAAAUACGCGGAGCUGGUGCUGCAGAAAGCCCUGGAUCGGGAAAGCCAGCGCAGCCUCCACUUGACCCUCACGGCUGCGGAUGGGGGGGAGCCGCCGAGGACCGGGACCGCCCAGAUACGCAUCAAUGUCACCGACAUCAACGACAACCCGCCCCUCUUCCCUCAGGAGCUCUACAGAGUGAGCCUGAGGGAAGGUGCCCCGGCGGGCUCCUUGCUGCUCCAGCUCCAAGCCUCCGACCAGGACGAAGGUUCCAACGCUCAGAUCAGCUACGUCUUCAGCAACGUUCCGGAGAAGGCGCGUCAGAGAUUCAGUCUGGACCCGGACACCGGGAAACUGACGGUAAAGGAGCCGUUGGACUUCGAGGAGUCCCGGGGCUACACCCUGGUGGUGGAAGCGAAGGACGGAGGCGGACUAGUGACACACUGCAAGGUGGAGAUAAGGGUUCUAGAUGAGAACGACAAUGCUCCCGAGGUGACCCUGACAUCCCUGCCCAGCCCCGUUCCCGAAGACUCUGUGCCCGGGACAGUGAUCGCGCUGGUCAGUGUCAACGAUCAAGAUUCUGGAGAUAAUGGAAAGGUCUCCUGCCAUUUGCAGGAUGGUUUGCCGUUCACUAUAACCUCAUCUUCCACUAGCUACUACAAGUUGGUUACGGUCAGCACCCUGGACAGGGAGCGGGCCCCGGAGUACAACAUCACAAUCACGGCCACAGACAAGGGCUCCCCCCCGCUCUCCACCCAGAAAACCAUCCUCUUGCAGAUCUCGGAUGUCAAUGACAACGCCCCUGUCUUCGAGAAACCUUCCUACAGCGCCUACGUGCCCGAGAACAACCCCUCGGGGGCCUCCAUUUUGAGCGUCAAAGCCUCAGACCGGGAUCUGGACGGCAACGCCCGGGUCACUUACUCCAUCCUUCGCAGCAGUAUCCAGGAGGUCCCUGUCUCCUCCUACGUGUCCAUCAACUCCCAGACCGGAGCGCUGUACGCGCAGCGCUCCUUCGACUACGAGCAGUUCCGGGUGUUCGAGCUGCAAGUGAAGGCCGAAGACGGCGGGGCGCCGCCCCCCAGCAGCAACGUCACCGUCAGCGUGUUUAUCCUGGAUCGGAACGACAACCCCCAAGAGGGCGGGCCCCCGCCUCUCAGCAGCAACGUCACCGUCAGCGUGUUUAUCCUGGAUCGGAACGACAACGCCCCUCGCAUCCUGUAUCCCUCGCUCGGGCCCGAGGGCUCAGCCGUGUUCGAGAUGGUCCCUCGCUCUGCCGAGGCGGGUUAUCUGGUGACGAAGGUGGUGGCGGUGGAUGCGGACUCGGGACACAACGCCUGGCUCUCCUACCAUGUGCUGCAGGCCACGCAGCCGGCGCUCUUCCGGCUGGGGCUGCACAGCGGGGAGAUCCGGACCGCGCGCGCCUUUUCGGACAGAGAUGCGGUGAAGCACCGGCUGGUCGCCCUGGUGAAGGACAACGGGCAGCCGCCUCUCUCCGCCACCGUGACUCUGAGCCUGGUGUUCGCCGAGAACUUCCAAGAGGCUCUUCCGGAAAUGAGCGACCGGUCGGCUGACUCAGCGCCGCAGUCUGAUUUGCAGUUCUACUUGGUGUUGGCCUUGGCCUUGGUCUCGUUUCUCUUCCUCCUGACGGUGACACUGGCCAUUGCGAUGAGAUUGCGGCGGUCAGGAAAUCCCCAGUUACUUCAGUGUUUUGGUCCUGAGCCUUAUUCCAAGACGGGCUCCAUGUUCCCACCAAACUAUGAAGAUGGGACUUUACCUUAUUCCUACCAGCUGUGUUUGUCCUCGGAUGCCGGGAAGAAGGAAUUUACUUUCCUGAAAUCCAGCGUGCCGAGGGGCGGGAAUAUUCUGUGUGGUGACAGUUCUGGGAAAGUAUUUGCGGGACAUGGAUCUGACAGUUUACAUGGUGAGAUGGAGACCGCUGGGGAGAUGAAGCAGCAUUCCAAAUUUGGUGGCCCUAGCUCUUACUAUCAGGAGGUGUUCCUGAACAACGGGACUCAGAGACACACACACUACACACUCUCACUGAAUAGAUAA